UCCUUACCUUUGUUUGGUUGCUGAACUGGCGAAUGAGUUGUUACAUUUAGCUUACGAUAUAAAUAAUACACAGUAAAAAUAGACCGACUUACUGUAGAGCUAAACAUUAACGUGAAAUAGAGCAAAGGAAACUUGUUUUCUGGGAAAGUUCCUGUUAACUGACGCUAACUGACAAGGGCGCAGGAAAAAAACAUGGACUCUGAGUAUCUGAAAAGACAUCUAGGAAAAUGUCUGGCAGACGGACUCGCUGAAGUGGCCGAGCAGCGCCCUGUAAACCCCAUCCUGUAUCUCGCCCACUGGCUUUACAAGUACAACGAAAAUGUACAAUACGAGACGGAGAAAAAGGCCAAUUUGGCACUUCUGGAGCAGGAGCAGGCGAAAGCCAGAGAAGAGGCGUUGCACCAGGAGAAGCUGAGGGAGGAGGAGCGAAAGAUCAGUGAGGCCUUGGAAGAGUCUAAAAAAAUCUCUGAGAAGGAGCCUGCAGGGUCUGAUGCACCCACGACAGCCACAACAGGACCUGCUGACGACAACAAACCCGUGACAGAAGAGAAACCAAGCGAUCCAGAUCCAGAAAACCAGCAGGGCACAGAUGAACACCAAACUGAAGCUCAGGAAAAUGACAUUGAACCGGAGGUGACGGUUACAGAUAAUCCACGGGAAUCCAGUCCAGACUCCCCUGAGAGAAAACCUUUGGAGGCCAGUAGGCCUUUCCUUUCUGAGGCCCUCAGCACUGAGGUCAAUGAGGAGUCUACAGAAAUGCCUGUUGAAAAACCCGAAGUGGAGCCGAGGAGCGAUGAAGCAGAAGAGAAAACAGAGGUGGAGCCUACUGACAGUAAUGUAGAAGAGAAAAUGGCAAACACCAAUCAAACAGAAGUGAAAGAAGUUGACCAAUUUGAGGAUAAGGUGGUUGAUCAAGCUGACGCGACUGAGUCUGAGCAGACUGAAGCAUUACACUCGACUCCCAGCCGAGACUCUGAUGACUUAAAAGCAGACAAAACAGAAGAGCUACACGACAAACAAAGCCCUCGUUCCCCUGCUGAAAUACAGGAGACAGACGGGCAACGCACAAGUGAGACCGCUGAUAGCUCGGCUCCAGUUGACAGUGACGUAACAGUAGAGGGGACAGUGUCGAACGAAAGACCUGUGACUUCACAGUUGGAACUUGAAAACUCUCCUCCUGACGUGGGAGACGUCCAGGAGAAGGAAGAAGAAAAAGAAGCAGAACAUAUGUGAUCAAUCAGUGUUGUUCGAUGAGCCACUGAUCCAACAUGAAGUUUAAAUAAUUGUAUAGCUUCAGUAUACAUGUAGUUUGGCGGCUAUAUAUGCAAAUACUAAACAAUAAACAUUUAUCACCA